AUGCCACAGUUCGUAUAUAUCAGAAUUUUCGAUAUCUCUAAUUUUGUUAUCUAUCUAUCUAUCUAUCUAUCGAUUUCUAUUUUAAUCUAUCUAUCUAUCUAUCUAUCGAUUUCUAUUUUAAUCUAUCUAUCUAUUUAUGCGUCUCAUUCAUUUAAUAUCUAUCUAUCUAUCUAUCUAUUUCUAUUUCAGUCUUUUUAUAUCUAUCUAUCUAUCUAUCUAUUUAUGCGUCUCAUUCAUUUAAUAUCUAUCUAUCUAUCUCAGUCUGUUCAUUUCUAUCUAUCUAUUGCAUUCUCUUCAAAUCUCAGCCUGUUCUAUCUAUCUAUCUAUCUAUCUAUCUAUCUAUCUAUGCGUCUCAUUCAUUUAAUAUCUAUCUAUCUAUCUAUCUAUCUAUCUAUCUAUCUAUCUAUCUAUCUAUCUAUCUCAGUCUGUUCAUUUCUAUCUAUCUAUCUAUCUAUCUAUCUAUCUAUCUAUCUAUCUAUUGAAUUUUCUUCAUAUCUCAGCCAGUUCUAUCUAUCUAUCUAUCUAUCUAUCUAUCUAUCUAUCUAUCUAUCUAUCUCAGUCUGUCAAUUUCCAUCUAUCAAACAAUUAAUCUUCUCAUCUAUUUAA